AUGUCUACAGGAAACGCCAACAUCAUUGUGCCAGGCUCCACUCACGCGUUCGACUUUGUUGUCGUCGGAGCUAAGUCCUCUCAGGAGGGACAGCAGGAAAUGUGGUGGCUGGUUGACUGGCCGAGAAUCCGAAAGUUUCGAGACCCAGAGAAGAUCGCAGAAAUCACCACUCCUGCUCGCGCCUUUGAAACCCGUAAUGGCCCCCAGGACUGGAAGUACAAAUCAACUUUGAUCGACAGACCAGACUACACACGCGUUGAGAAACCCAACACGCGCGGAAAGGUGCUGGGUGGUAGUAGCAGUUUGAACUACUACGCUUGGCUUCGAGGUAGUAAGACCACCUUCGAUGACUGGUCCGAUUAUGCCCCAGGGUGGAACUGGAACUCAUUGAAAGACUACUUUGACAAAUCUGUCACCUAUCAUGACGAUGCCAAAAUUUACACCCACGUGAGGAACAUCGGUUUAGGCGGGCCGCUUCACGUUGAACAUGCGGAGCUCGUUCCUGAGCUACGGCCUUUUCGAGACGCGUUACUCAAGGCAUGGAGAAGCAAGGGUCUCCAGGUCAACGACAGAAUCUAUGAUGGUACGCAGAAUGGAAUCACCCGCUGCGUCAAUACCAUUUACAAGGGUAUCCGCUCUUCCAGCUGGUCCUUCCUUGUUGGAAAGCCCAAUGUUCAUGUCUUGCCUGGCAGUCACUGUAAGCGGCUGAUCAUUAAUGCUGACAAGGUCACUGGAGUCGAAGUCCGCGAUCCAAACGGCAAGGAUAUCACAGUACAGGCCAGUAAGGAGGUCAUCGUUGCCUGUGGGGUGUAUGAGUCACCAAAGCUGUUGAUGCUGUCAGGCAUCGGUCCGGAAAAUGAGCUGUCACAGUUUGGCAUUAAAGCCAUUUCCAGCUCUCCGCAUGUUGGUCUUAACCUGCUGGAUCAUCCCAUUCUACCGCAUGUCUUCCGCCUGAAGGAUGGUAUGGGGUUAGAUGACCAUCUGCUUCGUGCCGGUCCGCAAAAAGAGGGCGCCAUUACUGCAUACAACCGAGACCAUUCUGGGCCCUUGGGGAGCGGUCUGUUGGAACUUGUCGGCUUCCCACGCAUUGAUGACCGACUUGCUGGGGUGAAGGAAUACAUCCAAGCAAAGAAAGAGAACAAAGGAGUGGAUCCAUUCGGACCAGGGGGGCAGCCGCACUUUCAAAUCGACUUUGUUCCUAUGUUUUCCGACGCAUUUCAAUGGCAUUUCCCCGUUCCUCCAGAGGGGAGUUGGUUAACGGUCAUCGUCGACCUCUUGCGACCGAUUUCCAAGCCGGGAUGGGUGAAGCUACGUUCGAAGGAUCCUCUUGAUGACCCGUACAUCAACCUGAACUAUUUCAAUGACCACCUCGACGUGAUCGUCUUGCGAGAGGGUAUCCGGGCUGUGGAUGAUAUUCUUAUGACGGGAGAGUCUUUCAAGGAAAUCAUUGGCGAAGACUACCCGUGGCCCAUGCCUCGUAACUCAAACGAGGCAAUGGAUAAACUGAUACUGGAACGCUCUCAGACUGGAUUCCACCCCUGUGGAACGUGUCGUCUAUCGAAGAAUAUUGAACAAGGCGUAGUGGACGGCGCGCUGAAAGUGCAUGGGUUCAAAAAUCUUAGGGUGAUUGACGCAUCUGUUUUCCCUGUUAUCCCGGACUGUCGGAUUCAGAAUGCAGUCUAUAUGGUUGGAGAAAAGGGCGCUGAUCUGAUCAAGGCAGAUCAUAAAGACCUUUACUAA